UUGUGGUAACUUAAAAGGUGAAUAUCCGAUAACAGAGCCUCCAGGGUCUAUCACAACCCUCCAGGGUCUUAUCACCUUGUGGUAACUUCAAAGGUGAAUAUCUGAUAACAGAGCCUCCAGGGUCUAUCACAACUACAUCAUGGCUGCUGUCGUUCCGAAGUACUCUGUGAGGAGGGCAACGCGAUCUGAUGUAGCCGCCAUAAAGAAAUUAACAGACAUUGAGGAAUGGGGAAUUCCCACAGACUUCAUGUACUGUUCGUUUGACAUGGACUCUAGGGCCUGGUUUGUGGCGGAGUCCGACUCGGGAGAAAUACUAGCUUGCCGUGCCUUGGUGUACUUUACGGAGGAGACAGUAGCUGGCGGCAUUUAUAUCGUCAGGAAAGACCUCAGAGGCAAAGGAAUCGGACGUGAUGUGAACGUGCAAUCCCUCAAGGCAGUGGGUGAUGCCAACAUCACCAUAACAGCUACCUUCGUUAAUCUGUACGAAACCCGUGGCUUCACGUUCUACUAUGACGUACACCUGAAACGAGGAUCAGCGGAAGUAAUACUGGGAGCAAUUCCGGAAGCGGAAGUGAGUCCGGAUAUCAGAAUACUUCCAUACGAAAGUGCCAUGUUCACUGAGCUGAGGGCAUACGACGAAGCUGUAUGUGAAACCGAGAGGUGUUACUAUUUCAAAAACUGGAUCAUCGGUCAUGCAAAAUAUAUUCUCAUUGCUCGCUCCAAUACCGGACGUGUAUUAGGAUAUGGACGAUUGGCUGUGACAGAACACGGCCAUGUGAUUGCACCGUUGUAUGCUGAUAGUGACGUCAUAGCGAUGACACUGUUGAAAAGACUCUUGCAACAGGUGAUUCCGAGCGAUUCUGUCACUAUGUUUAUCACUUCCGAAUCCAAAGCAAUGAUGGAGAUUAAUCGCAAAGUUUCUCUAACAAAUGUUGAUACGCUUCAUAAAAUGUACACUAAAAAGCGAGUGCCCCAAACACCUGAGCGGUUGUAUUCCUUAUCUGCCAUGGGGUUGUCCACCGCCUAAUGCACUCCCACACUCCACUGUAUCGCUACACCACGAACCUUUGGGUUUCAACAAAUGAACAUAAAAUUUAAUGAUCAGAUUUUAACGUUAAGCGUGAAACUUAUGAGGCAAUUUCAUGCUUACAGCGUCUGCCCGUAGAGUGGAAGGUUGCGGGUUCGAUCCCCGACCGCGUCAUACCAAAA